ACAGACACAUCAAGACGAUAUCUCUAAUCUUCUCAUUCUAAACAAAAAAACCACCAAUGUCGAGCCUCAACUGUUUGCUUCCGAAUUGGAAAAAUAUCGCCCUCACCAACAACGCAUUGCAUCCACUAUUCAUCAACAGCAACAGCUUUUGAAGGAAUUGACCGCCGCUUUCAAAGCCCUGAUGGAAGGUGAUGAUGCCAAAAAAGUGCAGACUCAAUGGGAGAGGGCAGAAAAACAGAGAAAAAGUGUUGUUGAGAGAUUCCGCCGUGCCAACGAAGGCUAUCAUGAAGUCAAAGAUGGCUUGACGUAAGUAAAUCUCGCCCAUGAUGACGAUGGAAAAGCUACGAUGAAUGCUAACAACGUGUUACAGAAAAGGAAUCCAGUUUUAUUCAAACUUGACCGACGUGAUAGAGACGCUCUUGCGCAACACGCAAAACUUUGCAAAUAGCCGAGCUCAAGAACGCGAUGAUUUAGUCGUAAGCAUAGACAGUUCAAAGAGUCAAAUGGAACAACAAAUGCUGAAGGAAAAGCUAAGUAAAUACGACUCGGGACCAUCUGCACCUCACGAUGCGUCAAUAUAUCAACUUGCCGACCGAACAAGACAAAUGGAUCUCAAUCAUGCCCCUCCAGCACCUCAUGGAUCUGCACCGCCGCUAUCUCCCACAGCUCUCCGCUCUCCACCUAGUCUACCACCUCAACCACAAUCCUUGUACAAUGCUUAUACCGCUGCUCCUUCUCAACCUAUUGACCAGCAUCCUGUCGCUCCCCCACCACUACCACCGACUCAGAGGUCUAAUUCAAUGGCAUCAGGUGGAAGUAGUUACGGUUAUCAGUCAACGCCAUCCCCCUACGGUGCUGCACCUCAGCUACCACCUAAUUCAACCAUGUCAAGUGGAUAUCGUUCGUAUGGGAAUGUGCCAGCUCCAACGUCGCCGGUGUAUCAACGUCCUGCACCGUAUCAACCACCGCCUUCAACCAUGGGACAGCAGCCAUACAGACAGGAACCGGUUAGCCAAGCCCCACCCAUCCCGGGUAAUCCUCCUCCACCGGUUCCACCGCAACCCAAUUAUUCUCAAGGUCAAUAUGAUUAUCAUCCACCACCACAACAGCCUUAUUCACCUGCACGACCAGGUUCAUAUUCCUCUACACCUUCUACUCAAUAUCAUCAGUAUGGUUAUAUGCAGCAACAGGCUCCACCCGCAGGAUACGGUGCGAAGCCUCCUCCGCCCAUUCCGGGACAACAGCCGCCGCAAACACCUAGUUAUUCUACGCCAGGGUAUCAAUCACCUGCACCGCAAGCGCCGUAUGGUGGAUAUUCAUCGUAUGUACCUCAACAGCAGCCACCUCCUCUGUCUCAAGGUUGGAAUCAAGGGCAUAACCAAGCGUCUCCGCAGUGGCAGCAGCAGCAGCCUGCCGAGCAUCAGCCAUACCCUGGCCAAUACCAUGGUGGUCCACCUCCUGCUCCACAGCAGAACCAACCGUACUGGCCACCACCCCAAGGCAACGGUCCAGGUGGUAACUCUCUUAUGGAUUAGUGAUAGGGCAGGGUUUCUUUUACAUGAGAUUUUUUUUCGGGAUCAUUCAAAUAAAUGGAGCAGCAGCGUGCGGACUAUGGAAAUUUACAUCCAAGGCUUUUUGUGAGGGGGCGGGUGGGUUCGCAGGAGAAGCUUAUUGCUUGUACGGGCAAGGUCGGUAAGUACUAGUGGACCGGGGAGUCAUGAUAAAGGAGAUGGGGGAGGUGAGGUUAGGUUCUGCGUCAUCGGGUGCCAUUGACCAAGAACAGGUCAAGGAGGUAUGCCAAGGCAUUGGAUUAAGCG